GUCGCAUGACCUCUGCAUUACGAGCCGAUCAAGUCUCCACAACUGUUCACUGCGUGGGACUGCGGUGCUCUCCAUGCCAAGUUGCAUUGCAUCGUGUUUGCCCACGCUACCUGGCAUCGAGACACAUUAUCCCGCCCUGCUUCGAAACCUGUUUCGAGACGAGGUUCAACACUGCUGAUAGGUUAGAGUACCGGAGAGUGGCCGAGAGUAAAUCAAGCUCUGGGAAAGAUACUGCCCGCUUCAGUAGAACAGCUCAUAUCACUGGCUAACAAGGAUCAAUGUGACAAUAUGCAUGCAUAAUCUGGUUUUCACCCACUCGGAGAUGUAAGUGUAGAUCUCAACGCCUCGACGCCACGCUCAUCCCUUCCUGGUUGCCUUCGGUUGCCUUGGGCCUGACUCGGGUCUGGCGGUGGGAUGCUGCCGUUAUUGCCAUGUGGAUAUGGUAGCCUCGGGAUAGUUGACCCAGAUAAUGGGAACCAUAAGGCUGAUCGCGGCAUAUCUCAGUCUAUAGAUCCCGUGGUUUUAAUAUAUGCAAUGUUAGACUAUCGCUUGCCAGUCUAGUAGAUCAUACUGCCUACGGUGAUCCUAGAAAAGCAGCGCAGCUAAGAAAAAAGCAUACUCUCUCGUGAUGAACAUGAUCCUCGUAUAAGCCACCAUGCUGGGUCCCCCACGAGGAUCACGAACAGGUAGAUAAUAUAUCCACUUUACGCAGGGAUCAUCCGGAAGCGAAGGCUUGAGCUCCCAUGUGCCGUGCUCUCAGCCGAUUGCUAUGUCGGUUUUCUUGUCAGCUGGAUCUUCUGAUGCUGUUAUUGGCCUUUGUCCUCUUUCUGCUGUUCCACUUCAUCACACCCGGUCAUUCUGCUGGUUCAUGCAGGUGUCCGCUGCGCUUCUCGCUUCGUUCAAGCGAUGUUUCAG